ACCGUGUCUGAGAUAUGAACCACACGAAAUCAUGGGGGCCGAUAACUCUCGCCUGUUCAGCCCCUCUGAGGAGGAAGAUUUCCCCGUCCACGGCUACCGGAGGAUGCGCAGCGAGCGGAGGGAGGCGACGAGCACCACAAUCGACAUAGGCUUCGCAAUCAGAGCUCGAUCCUGCAAGGCUGGCGUGGUGGGGACCGGCCUCGUUUCAUCUGGAGGGGAGCCCAGCAUGCUGCAGCGAAUGGAGAGCGUGAGUAGCGACGAGGGUGACAGAGAGAGCGUGGUCCUGACUGGAGAGAACAUAUCCAUGGAGGAGUUCCACAACGCCAUCGUACACACUGCAAACAUCCAGGUCCUCCUGAGCACCCUCCAGGAGCGCUUCGACCUACACCACCAGUUCCUGUUCCAAAUUCUCAACCGCGCCAUCGUCUCUGAGCGGAUGGACGUAUUUGUGCGUGCGCUGGAGAUGGACGGUCUCCUUCCUCUCGACUCGCCGCUGCGACUCACCGACCAACAGGUCAUGCAUCUGCUCCAGAAGGCGGUGACCGUGCAGGCGGAGGACACGGAGGCAGUCGAAGUCCUCCUCGCUCACAUCAGGGAUCCCGAGAUUGGCCGCAUGAAGAUGGAGCUACAGAGUCUUGCCAUUCUCGCUGCACAGUUCGGGAGCUUUGUUGCCGUGAGACAGCUCUGUGCCAAGUACGCCAUGUGCCUCGAGCAGAAUUUCCAAGGGAAGAGCGUUCUCCUCGAGCUGGUUCGAUUCUCGGACGACUCGGCAAAUUUCUACCUGUCGGAGUUGCUCAGGAUGGGGGUGUACGUCAAUACACAGGAUCCUGAUGGGAACACUGCUCUCCACGUGGCUGCAGAGAGGGGAUUGAAGGACGUGGCAAAGCUGCUCCUGUCGCACGGAGCAUGCAUCAACCUCCCCAACGCCCGAGGGAAGAAGGCCAUCGACCUGUGGGGGAAAUGGGACGAUCCCGAAAUCUCCAAACUACUGCGCGGAACCCCUGAGCCCCACGAAGCGUCUCUGUACCACGCCGCCGAGCAGCGAGAUCUCCAGUCGGUGCAACGUCUCCUCUCCCUCGGGGUACUGGUCGAUUCCAAGUGGAUUCACGGGCGCACUGCCCUCUGUGCGGCUGCCAGGACAGGCAACAGGGAGGUUGUCAACUGCCUGCUGUCUGCCGGUGCUAAACCCAUCCCACUCGGGUGCUACUGGCCCGAGCUACCCAUAGCUCAUGCACUUGCUUCACCGCACAGCUAUGAAAUAGCAGCCAGGCUCAUGGAAGAGACGGAGAGGUCCCUUGUGAGGGCAACCAAAGUUGAGAGAGAGCACGUCUGCACUCAGCUGGUUUCCCUGCUCCACUACUGUGCCCGGUGUGGCUACACCAGCGUCGCCGAGACGGUUCUCAAUUCCACUUGCAAUAUCAACCCCAACGACGAGUUUAUUGAGGGGCUCGCCCCCAUUCACGUCGCCUGCAAGUACAACCAACUCUCGAUGGUGAGACUGUUACUGGCCCACGGCGGUUCGCCAAACCUUCCCUCCAGAGUGUAUGGCAAUACUCCUCUCCACUAUGCCUGCUUUUACGGCCACCUCGACAUAGCCCAGUUCCUUCUUGACGAGGGCUCGGUGAGCAUCGACUCCAUUAACUACCAGCACGAAACCCCGCUCUACUGCGUCCUCAAACUGCACCUCACUCCCCACACGAUAAACGACUAUGUCAGAGAGAGCAGUGUCGUGUUCCUUAUCACACGAGGAGCAAAACUGACAAAGCCGGGAAGACACUCGUGCGAGCUACCAGAGUUUGACCUGGGUACGGGGGCACAGCGCUGGGAGUUUGUACCGGUGCAAACACAGAAACUGAUGAUAGUUCUCAGAAACGAGAAGAGGUGGAUGUCCAUGGCAUCAGAGUGUCGCUGGGUCAUCCGCUCCUCGCUCCAGACGGCCGUCAGUGAAGAUGUUGUCGAGCAGCUGGGCCUCCCAUUUCGGUUACAGAAUUACGUGCUUUUUAGGGAUUGGUUUCCUUGAGUGUGUGGUUCUUGUGUGUCUCUUCUUUCUGUGUACUCAGUUUUUCUGUGCCCGUCCAUUGAGCAUGCGCAGAAACAGGGGUUGUGUGCGCGCGCGCGUCCGUCCCUUCCGUACUUUGAACUUUACAUUUGCUCCGCCUUCGUUGUCGCCUGUCAUGUUUCAUCGUUUAUUUCUUCCCUAUGUGUUCCUCAGAGAUACCGGAAGGAGGUACGCAGCCAACCUGCUCCGGCCUAAGAGAACGAAGUACCGCAAAAUGCACAAGAACAUUAGAGCAGUCCUGCCUGCGAAACCAGACACAGUCCCCACACCCACCCUCCACUUUGGCACCUACGGUAUCUAUGCCAUGGAGUCGAUACGUCUCAAUGCCGAACAGAUAGAAGCAGCUCGAAUGGCCAUCCUAAAGAAAGUCGGCAGGAAAGACCUCGAGAUGUGGGUGCGAGUUUUCCCCCACAUACCGGUCACCAAGAAACCUCUUGAGGUGCGGAUGGGGAAGGGGAAAGGAAGCGUUGAUCAUUUCGUAGCCUACGUGAAGGCAGGGAAACUUCUGUACGAGUUCAACUGCCCCAGCGGAAGUCUAGCCAAAGCUGCCUACAAGCAGGCAGCCUAUAAACUACCUAUCAGAGUCCGCUUCACAGAGAAACCCGCCCCAGUAGCAGAGCAAGCUGCAUUAUGAAAUCUCUAUUAUGUCACAACUUUGAUUUUUGAAAAUCCCUGUACAGCUGGGAUGUGUGGGCUAGCUCUGACAUGUGCACGUAUUUGUCAUCUAUCUUGGAGAUGGCUGAACAGUAGGAGGGAUAGUGUUGCAGCUCCCCCAGUGCAAUGCUGGACACUCCAGUGCAUAUGGCAGCAGUGAGUCCCCAGACAACCCGAGGGUGUCCCCCAGAAUCAGUUGACGGGGGAAGAUAAAACGAGCUUAUGGAUGACGGUAGCCCACGCCAAGCUCCCCGCAUUUGCCUGUGGUAGUCCCCCACGAUGAAGUGUCUGAGUGGGAUCCACGUGGUGUGUUCCACCUCUCGCCUGUUCUCUCUGAUCUCCAGACCUUCAAUGUCCCCACAGAGGAGACCUGGUACGACACCCACAGCUGUGGUGUGGUGCCAGCCAGAGAGGAAGGGAGGGAGGGAGCAGAGGACCUCCACACUGUCUCUGCUGACUCCAACCUCUUCCCUCGCCUCUCGAAGAGCAGUGUCAACUAGUGUUGUGUCUGUAGUGGAGUCGUGCAUCCCACCUGGUAGACAGUAUUCACCUGCACAAAUAAGGGAAUAGGUAGUAAGUUUAGAGCUAUCAUUCUAUCAACCUGGAUGAGAGGUCUUCAUACCGGUACAGGACCGUCGCGCGGAAGAACCCUGUUGCUGCGGUGUAAGAUCCAGUAGUGACUGACCGAACCAGAGCUCGAGCAAACCGAGAACUCACGAAGAAGAAGAAGAAGAAGAAAAUGGCCUCCAGCAGAAACGGAGCUGAGUACCACACAUACAACGAGGAGACCACUCAAGUCGGCACCCUUUCCCGGAGUACUUGGCUAGCACAGGCUGCCGAUCUGCCCAAAGACAAAGAGCACACACCGCCCUCUAGCUUCAACCUAAUCCUGGCCCUGAUUGCGUUUCUGACCUGCCCCUUCCUUGGAUGGCUCUCCAUCAUAUUUGCCAUUCAGGCUCGGACAGAGUUCUAUCACAAACGCUACAAUGAGUCUGCUGCUCUGUGUACGCGUGCCCGGGGCACCUCUUGCUACGCCAUAGCCAUUGGAGUCAGUUUGGCUCUCGGCUAUGGCAUUCUGGUCGGCGCUGGUCUCAGCUUGAACUGGUAUGACUGAGAUACCAUCAGCUGGAAUCCUUUCCCCGACACUUCAUGUGUAACUCUUAACAAUUACUGUUGUGUGUGCAACGAGGUUCCGACACUCUCACUCUAGGCUAUGUUUGUGAAUCAACAGUGUGCAUACGAAGUCACAAUUUGAAUGUGUCUGUGUGUGCUGUGUGUGAGUGCAUGUCUGCAACUAUGGUAAUGGACGCUACCAUUUAAAGCAAUGCAGUGAAAACAGAGGCUGGCUAAUCUGCUGUAACGAAGGGGGUUGGGUCAUGUGUGGGUGCAGCAUACCAUUCCAAGUGCUCGUUAAUAUCCAGCACAUUCUCUCAGCAU